AUGCCUCCACCACAAGAGAUCAUCAACCGCGCCCCUAGGGAGGCCAUGGACGUCUUCAUCAUGGGGGCCAACGACAAAGGUCAACUGUGCAUGGGUCCCGGUUAUAGAGAGCGCACGAUCGUUCAAAAGCCGGCGCGAAACCCUUAUCUAAGCGAGGAUCACCAAACCGUUGCUAUAGCCGUGGGGAACAACCACUGCUUAGCGCUCACAGCAGAUAACCGGGUCCUGUCCUGGGGCUCGAACACACACGGCGCCCUCGGCCGGACAACGCGCCUAUGGCAGCUUGGCGACGGCAGAUGGGUACCUUGGAGUCGGGUCGAGGGCGAGGACGACAAUCCAAACUCACCAGAAGGACGGAGAAUCGAUUCCAUUCUGCAAACACCGCGCCAUAUCAACCCCAUCGCCAUCGAACGUGGCACCGUCUUCACUCAGGUGGCCGUGACCGAUCAUGCUUCCUUUGCCUUGACCGAAACGGGUGAGGUCUAUGGAUGGGGUGCUUUCGAGUACGGCGGCGAGAACGAUGCUGUGCACCGCUUCUACGCCUUCCACCCCUACCAUAUGGAGUGGCCCGAACAAGGCCAAUUGCGCAACCAACCUUCGCCCCUGAAGAUCCGUUUCCCCACGGACAACCCGCAGAUUAUCCAAAUCGCGUGCGGUUCCAACCACGUGCUGGCCCUUUCCAAAUCCGGUCUCGUCUAUUCAUGGGGUACCCCGGAUAUGAAUAUCCUGGGCCGGCGCUUCUUGGGUCGCCGCCUACGAAACCCCCGCUACCGCCACGAUCCCUAUGGCAACAUGAACCACCCCUUUGCGCCCGGUGUGGUGGCCAACUUGGUCAACAUACGAUAUGUAGCCUGCGGUGCCAACUUUAGCUUUGCGGUGUCGAAGCCGCUUACGCGCGGGAACCGCAAAGGGACACAGUUGUGUUACGUUUGGGGACAGAAUGACGACAUGCAGACGACGCUUCCUCUGUCGAAAGCCCCCUUUGUGGAAACACCUGGACAUCCGGAUGCGCCAGACGGGAAUCGUAUGAGGGUUGUCCUGUAUCCGACGGAGGCGCCGUGGCUGAGCGGGAUCGGGCACAUGGACGACGAGCCAGAGUCGGCGAUCAAGGCGAUUUCCGGGGCCUUGAGAUACGGGCUCGCGAUUCGGGGGAACGGGUGGGGAGAAGCGUGGGGGAACGAACACGAGAUGCCGAAUGCCAUGGGCGUGGUAAACCAAGACAAUGAGCCGCUGAUUCCUGCUAUUCCGCCGGGGAAUGAUUUUACCCAGGCUCCGCAGUUUGCCGGGUGGCACUACUUCCAUGAUAAUUGCAGAUGGGACCAGGUGGCGACGGGCAGGCAACACAGCCUCGCAGUUGAUCAGGACGGGAAGGUUUACGUCUGGGGUUCCAAUGCACAAAAUCAGUGCGGCGUGCCACGCCCCACCGGCUACCCUAACAUUGAUGUUAUCGACCGCCCGACCCUGCUUCAAGAAUUUGUUGAAGGGAGGAUUACUCUCUUUGUUGGGGCGGGUGCAAGGUACAGCGUGUUUGGGUUUGCGAAGGGACGUUUCCGAAACGAAGACGGUGGGAACGUGGACGAUGUUGAAGUACCGGCUGAAUUCAGGCGGUCAAUAUUAGAUUUCAAUGACGAUGAGGUUGAAGUCGGGGGAGAUUAA